GUUUUUUUGAAGCAGCAUCUUAGCAGUGUUGUUUUCGAUUCAAAAUUCUCUACAAGAGACUCUCCGGUACCUACUCAGCAACAGGAUACAGAUGAAACAUUACAGACGGAAGAAGAUGAAGGGAAGGCUGUUAAACGGAAAAAGGCAUCAAAAGAUCACAGCGGAAGCAAGAAACCGAAGAACAAGAAAAAGAGUAAAAGGUCGAAAGGAGACAGUAGCGACUAGCGACAUUGCAUAAUGGCACCAUAACCUACACCAGAACGCGGUGAUGAUUAGUGAGUUCAUGACGUAUGUGGUUGCAUUCGUGCAAGUUAGAAGAACUCUGGAACUCGAGUGGGUUCUUUGUUAUGUAUAACCUAGCUAGUCUGGGUCGACUAUCUGAAUCCUCACUGUUCAUGUUGCUCCAUUUUAGCUAAGGUCACAUUAUAGUGAAGAACUGAAAUACAGAUAGCCUUUAGUUCAUAAGUGAUUAUGUUAAUUUUCUCAUUUUGGUGAAAAUAUUUUUGUUUAGAGAAAAACAUUUUCAAACUUUAGGUAAUGUAUUUCCAUGACAUGAUUUUAGACUA